AUGGCUGAUAUUCAGGCUCUACUAUCUGCAUUAGAAGUAUUCACGCAGACACCGGACAAGGCGUCCUUGGAUAAAGCUAAUACAUGGUUACAGGAUUUUCAGCAUUCACCUGCAGCCUGGUCGACGUGUAAUGCUCUUUUGCUUUCACCAGAUGCUCCUCCAGCUGCCAAACUGUUUGCGUCUCAGACUUUCCGGGCAAAGGUCACUUAUGACCUCAAUCAAGUCGAUCCAUCGCAACUACCUGGACUGCGCGACACGCUUUUAACUGCGCUAAAGAACUAUCAGUCUGGUCCUCGUGCGAUCAUCGUCCAGAUAUGUUUAGCGGUGGCAGGACUUGCCCUCCAAUAUCCCGCUUGGGAGAAUGCCGUCCAAACGAUGAUAACCACUUUUGGCACGAAUCCAGAGACAGUUCCCGUCUUAUUGCAAUUCUUGACGUUGCUUCCGGAAGAACUGCAUACGAAUUCCAAAAUCCCAAUCACAGAUUACGAUUGGAACGAAAGGAUAACAAAUUUGUUGACAAAAAAUUCCAAACAAGUCCUUGAUCUGUUGUCGAUGUAUAUCCAGGCUGCUGGUGUUACGGUUGAGGUUCAGAACCAAGUGUUCAACUGCUUGCGAAGCUGGCUUCUUUCUGGCGAAGUCAGCACUGCAGAGAUGGCAGGUUCGCCGCUUCUCGGUUUCGCGUUUGAAGCCUUGGCGUCCGAUACUCUGUUCGAUGCUGCUGUCGAUGUAAUUUGCGACCUUAUCCACGAGACGCAGGAGAUAGACGAUAACAUGCCUGUUAUCGAAAUGGUUGUUCCGCGUGCCAUUGCUCUUAAACCGUUGUUAAAUAAACACAAAGAUAACCCGGAAAAGAUUCGAGGAUACGCUCGUAUAUUUGCAGAGGCAGGCGAAACAUACCGAAUGCUCAUCGUCCAUCAUACCGACACGUUCUUUCCCAUUGUCGAGGCACUUGUAGAGUGUGCGACAUACCCCGACCUCGAUAUCGUCCCCAUUACGUUUCCAUUCUGGGCGCGACUUGCACAAGUCAUUGGCAAGAAAUCGUCGGUUCCUCCGCUCUUUGUGCAAGCUUAUCAGACCAUUAUGCGUGUCAUUAUCGGCCAUUUGCGAUUCCCUGCUGAUUCUUCGCCUCUCUCGGGUCAGGAAGCGGACGACUUCCGUUCAUUCAGACACGUCAUGGGCGAUACUCUGAAAGAUUGCUGUGAAGUCCUCGAACCAGAAGCAUGCCUCCUUGCCACCUAUGAAAUGAUCACAGCAGGUUUAUCUAAUAAUGCUAGCACCCUCUCGUGGCAGGAAGUGGAAGCACCUUUGUUUGCUCUGCGGUCAAUGGGAGCGCAAAUUGACCCCAAAGAUAACCGUGCAGUUCCCAAGAUCAUGGAUCUUAUACCAUCUUUACCUAACCAUCCACGAGUCCGCUAUGCAGCUCUUCUCAUCAUCUCUCGUUACACCGAAUGGAUCAAUAUGCAUCCCGAAUACAUUCCACCUCAGCUGCAGUACAUAUCUGUGGGAUUUCAAGAACAGGAUGCGGACGUCAACGCAGCGGCUGGGCAAGCUCUUAAGUGGCUGUGCUCGGAUUGUAAACAGCAUCUCGUUGAUGUUCUCCCAACGCUCCACAACUUCUUGAACACUUCGGGAACAAAACUACUGCAAGAUGAUAGACGAAUGGUCUAUGAAGCCAUUGCUCACGUUAUUUCGGCUAUGCCGAUGGGGAAAGCCGCACAGUCAUUGAAGACGUUUUCUUUGGAUAUUCUGUCUCAAAUCCAUGCCGUUACCAGUAAAGCCGUACAAGCUACCAAACAGGAGUUGAAAGAGAUUGGGGAUGGGCUUGAAAACCUUGAGGUCAUGCUCAACGUGAUCAGAAGUUUCGGGGAGGAGUUGCCUGCUGCUUGCCACAAUACCUGUAAAGAAGCUUGGACGAUCUUCGACCAGUUCAUUGUCAAGUAUGGAACGGAUGCCGACCUUGCUGAAAGAGUAACGCGUGUCCUCAGACAUGGCCUGAGCUUCUUUGAUACCGCUGUCCGCGAAAUAGGUGCCGCAGUAGUUGCCAGGAUGUCAUUCGCGUUUGAGGCUACCGGCUUUUCGAGUUAUCUCUGGAUCGCAGGGAAAAUAAUUGGACGAUUUGGCGAUCAGGAAGAUCCCGAAUUGCGGGGUUCCUUCCAAGAGAUAUAUGAACGCUCAACAAAUAACUUAGCAUCCACGCUUCAAGUGAAGGCGGCGGGAACCAUCCCUGAUGUGUUGGAGGAUUACCUCCAAAUGCUCAUACAAUUAGUCCAACAAGCACCCGAUAUUUUCUUCCAGUCAUCCGUGUUUUUGACCGCGUUCCGCGCUAGCACCGCUGCCCUUUCUCUUGUUCAGGCCGAUACCAUUUUCGCCGCACUGGACCUGUUCCGCAUGAUACUCUCUCACGAUUGCCUAGACCCUCAUCCGUCAAAACAGCCUCCUCCGAAUUUCAUAUUGUAUGCAAAUGCGAUCCAUAACGUUAUUGAAAUUGGAGGUUCCGAAUUCCUGGGGUAUCUUCUCAAUGGCCUAGUGGGAGAUUUUCCUCCCGAAAGUGAUUCGAUGGUUGUUUCAAUAUUCCGUUCCAUGUCAACUAUCUGGCCCUCACUAGUUCUCACUUGGACUCCGCUCGUUCUACACCAGCUGCCAACUUCGGCAGCGCCGAAUCCAAUAAAAGAAAAUUUCCUAUCUGAAUUAACGAGUGCCAUAAACGAAAAGCGAUUCGAUCAAGUGAAGUAUGCGGUUAUAUCACUCCAUAGAGCAUCGAAGAAAGUCCGUGAGAGGCGAAAGGCGGGGGCGUUAGAACGUUAA